GAAGGAGAAGAAGGAGAAGCCUCUGUGAGGAAACCCGGGCCGAACCCAGUGCCUCGCCUCGCGCGCCAUGAACAGGUUUAACAUAGUCUUGGGUCAAGGGAUUGCCAGGCCAGGAGCACCCAAGGUUUCAGGAAUGAUGGAAGUGAUUGGUCCUGAAGAUGGAUUUGUCCUAGAAAAACGGUUGUCUUUAUCAAGGUAUAAUGGCUUAGGGAAGACUGAUCAAAUAAAGGAACAAAGGAUUAGAAGAUUGCAUGUAUUUGGUCCAAAAGAAGAAGUAGUUAUUGCGCCAGUUCAAUCAAGGCAAUGCAUGGCAUGUGGAAAUGAAUCUUCAAACAGAUCUUACACUCCAUCAAAGCAGAUCUUGUUAUGUGCAGCCAAAUCAUUAGAAAAAGAAAAUGAUUUAACAAGAAUUUCAAAAAAUAUGAAUAUGAAUGUGGGACUACAAGAAUGUGUAGAAGAAGAAACAGGAAUUCAUAAUGAUCAACAUUUGAAGCCUGAUUUGGAGGGAUUGAAUCAUGAAACGAAAAUAAUUGAGCCUAAGACAGAAUCAGAAGGAAAUGAUGAAGAAAUGAAAAAUUCUAGUAAUGUGGAAACAAUUAGUAACAAUGAGGUCACAACAGAAAUUCAAAAGGACAGCGUGGAUAAACAAAUUGCUGAUGAGAAGCCGCCAGAUAGCUCAGAUGAUGAUGACAGCAAUGGACAAAGUGACAAUGAAGUGAAAAAGAGAGUUGCGCCACUACAGUUAAUGGGAGAGUUUCUCAAAGCAAUAAUGGAGCGGAAAUACCUUCUCGCAAAAAAACUAUGUCAGAUGAUUCUAAUAUAUGAACCAGAAAACCCCGAGGCCAAGCAGUUUCUUCCACUUAUUGAGCAAAAACUGCUGUUGGAAAGCCAACGAGCUCCUGAAGAAGAUGGUGAAGAAACUGGCGAAGAGACUGAUGAAGAAAGCAGUGAUGACAGUGAAGAGGAUACCAGCAAUACAGAUAACAGUGGGAGUGAAAAUGAAGAAAGUUCUGAAGAGUCUGAUAAAAAUACCUAAACAUUUCUAAAUGCCCCAAAUUGGUGUUUUUUAUUCCUUUUGCUUUGCAAUACAUGCUUUAGUGAAUUGGUUCACUUGAACUGGUUUAAUAACAAGAGUCUCCAUUCCCCUCUCUUUUUGUUAUAAUUACAUUGCUUCCAGGACUUUUGAUAGAUAUUUUGAUGUACAAACUCACUGACCAUGACCUCUCCUAAAUGCAUUAUUUGAUGAGCAGUUUGUGAGAUGAAAAAUAGUAGUGAGUAAGAUGGAAAUUGCCCUUGGGGCAAAUAUUUUGGUCUUCAAAGCUCAUAUUGUUCCUGGGAAUAGGAGUCAAGGCUGUAAUAGUUCCCCUAAUCCCUAGAAUCCAGCCAUUUGGUGACCUUGAAAGUGUGGUGCUAGAGGUUUGAUCGCAAAUCAUUGCUGUACUUUUUGAAUGCUUCUAUCCUCAAGGACCAAGCAUCGACUCUUCCCUGCCUCCUUCCCUGUCCCAAUCUCUUAAACCAACAGUAUUCAUAUUCAUGCUGGCAUGGGGUGAACAUUUAUGUGCCUGUAUUUGUAUACAGUACUCAAGGAGUUGCAAGCAUCACAGAAGCUGGGUUGUUGUAGGUUUUUUCCUGACGUUUCGCCUGCAUCUAUGGCAAGCAUCCACAGAAGUUUGUGCAAUAUCCAUUUUUAUCUUCUCCUCCAUCAAAACUUUUGCAGAUUGGGUGGAUAGUUGGGUGGGGUUGAGUAGUAAUUCAUAAGACUGCAGAGUUUAGAUGAUUAAUUGGCCCAGUUAACCGAUCAUAUAUGAUAAAAACAGAUUAAAUAUUAUCCCUACUUAAUCAAGACCUCCGAAUCCUCCCGCCUGACAGAGUUUUAUCUGUGAAGGAGACGCUGCCAAGAUUAGCAGGGAUCUGGUCAAGGGACCACUAAAUCAUACAUCUCUUUCCAGAUGUUAUCUAGAGAGAUAUUAUUAGGUGUUAUGUGCGAGUCCUUUCCUUUUGUGUGUGUGCAUAAUUUGUGUAUAAUGCUAUGUAAGGCCUUUUGAUCUGUCAGAAAGUUGGUAAAUCUUGACAACAUGA